UAGGCGUCUGUCCUCACGGAUUAGAAGGCUGCAGGUGUUUCCUCCAUCUUCAGCCCCUCUGGGCCCCAGCACCAAAUGGUUUCUAAGUUCAGGGCCAUCUGUCCCCACCACCAAAGCUAUGCCGUCUUCAGGGACCAUCUGCAGUCUGCUACUCCUCAGUGUUCUCUGGAUGGAUGUGGCCAUGGCAGGCUCCAGCUUCCUUAGCCCAGAGCAUCAGAAGGCCCAGCAAAGAAAAGAAUCAAAGAAGCCACCGGCGAAACUACAGCCACGAUCUCUGGAAAGCUGGCUCCAGCCAGAGGGCAGAGGACAGGCAGACGGGACAGAGGAGGAACUGGAGAUCAGGUUCAACGCUCCUUUCGACGUUGGCAUCAAGCUGUCGGGAGCUCAGUACCAACAGCAUGGCCGGGCCCUGGGGAAGUUUCUUCAAGACAUCCUCUGGGAAGAGGUCAAAGAAGCACCAGCUGACAAGUGAUUGCUGACAAGACUCACCCCUGUGAUUUCCUCCUGAGCAAGAACUCACACCCAGCCUUCUGCUCCUCUGCAUCUCCUGGC